GCCCGCAUCUGCCACCGCAGUCUGGCUGUCGUUGUGCGGUCUGGUGUACCCUGGGCGAGGCCUGUAGACACCGGGAGGGGGCUAGGCCGGCUCCCCUGCUCGAGCUACCGUUUGUGCACAGAGGCGGCGACCCCGGGCCCGGGGCGAGAAGAACAGCCACCGGCCGGCAGCAGCGCAGAGACGCCCAGUGCGCCCUAUGCUCCCGCGCCCCCACCGCCCCCGCCGCGGCAGCCCGAGCGCACCGAGACAACGCGCCACCGCGGGGCCUGGGUGCAGCUAGCGACCCUUGCCCCCAGCGCGCAGCCCGAGGUGAGCAGUGAGCGGCGAGCGGGACGGCAGCGAGGCGUUCGCGGGCCCCCUCCUGCUGCCCGGGCCCGGCCCGCUCAUGGCGGCCAUCCGCAAGAAGCUGGUGGUGGUGGGCGACGGCGCGUGCGGCAAGACGUGCCUGCUGAUCGUGUUCAGUAAGGACGAGUUCCCCGAGGUGUACGUGCCUACCGUCUUUGAGAACUAUGUGGCCGACAUCGAGGUGGACGGCAAGCAAGUGGAGCUGGCGCUGUGGGAUACGGCGGGCCAGGAGGACUACGACCGCCUGCGGCCGCUCUCCUACCCGGACACCGACGUGAUCCUCAUGUGCUUCUCGGUGGACAGCCCGGAUUCGCUGGAGAACAUCCCCGAGAAGUGGGUGCCCGAGGUGAAGCACUUCUGCCCUAACGUGCCCAUCAUCCUGGUGGCCAACAAGAAAGACCUGCGCAGCGACGAGCACGUCCGCACAGAGCUCGCCCGCAUGAAGCAGGAACCCGUGCGCACGGAUGACGGCCGCGCCAUGGCCGUGCGCAUCCAAGCCUACGACUACCUCGAGUGCUCGGCUAAGACCAAGGAGGGCGUGCGCGAGGUCUUCGAGACGGCCACGCGCGCCGCGCUGCAGAAGCGCUACGGCUCCCAGAACGGCUGCAUCAACUGCUGCAAGGUGCUAUGAGGGCCGCGGACCCCCGCCUGCCCCUGCCGGCGCGGCUCCCUCUCCCGGACCCGCCCCCCACGAGCCCGGAGAAAGGGAGGCCCGCGCCCCCAAGGACCCCACCGGACCGCCUGGCGUCUGCCUUCCUGCUUGGCCGCCGUGGCCUGGCGGCUCUGGCUCUGGCGCCGGGAAUCGGCGUGGGAGGCACCGGGCGCCCCCUUUCCAGUGUCUGUGUGCGUCCGGCUGUGUGGCACAGGCCUGGGCGCCCCGUUGCGUGCCAAGGGUCCCCUAAACACCCUUUUCUGAAGAGCCAAGCCUCUUCAGAGUGUGUGGCUGUGUGUAUGUUCGACUCCCCCCGCCGCGUUUUCACCCCACCCCCGCCUCUGGUCCCCGGAGACGAGCUUGGCGCCGGGGUGCGGCCGCGCCCCAUCAGAUGUUCGCCCGUACCAGCGAGCGCCUGCUCUCCCUUGUCUGUAACAUAGACCACGGGAACUGCGGGAGGGGAGGGCUGGGGAGGAUGGGAUGUUAUAUAAAUAAAGAUAUAAUUUUAUUUUCGGA